AUGGCCUUGGAGGCGGACAGCGACAGAGGUUCUUCAAAAAGCGCACAUGAAAAAUAUCCGCGAGCAGCGCUGGAGCGCAAUGUCUACGUGAAGACCUGUGUCACCCCGUUACACCAGGACGCACGCGGUCAGUCGAGGCUCAGACUCGCCGUGACAUGGACUUGCUGGGGAGUGUCGUCUGCGCUCUGCGUUGCCUCUGUCUCCGCUCUUCUCGCUCUGCUGCUCACAUUGGUCGACUGGGAUGCAGACAACAGCAGCAACGGAAAUAGCAGCGGCUCCAACUCUCGUGCUCAUUUGGCGGCGGGCUGUGCAGUGGAGGUGCUUGUGACUGCGUGGUAUCUGCUCUCCCCUGUUUUUACUCUCGUAUGUGCCUUCUUUUGGGUCGGACUGUAUCUCCUUCGCUGCGGGGUUCUAGUCCGUACCGCCCUGUUCCUCCUCGCAGUGUGUCACUUGGGCGAAGCCACAGCACAGUCACUGCUGCGCGGUGCAGAGGAGCAGCUGUUGUCCCUCCCCGCCACCCUGGUGGUCCUCGGCUGCCUGGGCAGCGGGGCUCUGCUGGUCGUACGCCUGGGACAGGGAGUGUCCCUCCUUGUCUUCAUCAGCGUCAUCCGGGCCGUGUCCCUGGUGUCUCUGAGCAGGGUGCGGGCCAGCUGGAGACCCUACCUGGCCUAUCUGCUGGGGCUGCUGGGGGUUCUGCUUGCGCGGUAUGCUGACCGGCUCUUGCCGGCCUCAGGGACCAGCGGGACGGGGUGCUGUGGCUCUGUGACCGAGGCGAAGGAGGAGGACAUCCCUGUCUUCAAACGGAGACGGAGGUCCAGCUCCAUAGCGGCCUCGGAGAUGAUCGCUCACAGCCAGAGCAACAGCAAGUCCCACCGCAGGACUUCGCUGCCAUGCAUUCCACGGGACCAGUCGUCUGGCACCAGUGUGGUAGUGGAUAUCGCUGUGAUGGGGGAGGCUCAUGGCUUGAUUUCAGACCUCCUGGCUGACCCCUCUCUGCCCCCCAACACCUUCAGUUCUCUGAAGGCAGUGAGUAACCUCCUGAGCACACAGAUCAACCUGCAGCCCCUGCACCGACCCCGCCUCCCCACCGACCAAUCACACGCCUGCUCUGAUUCAGAAGAGGGGCCAGAGAAGAUCGAAAGACUUGCCAUUCCAAAGCGUCUCAGAAGAAGCCUUCCUCCAGGUUUACUACGGAGAAUUUCCUCCACCUGGACCACCACCACAUCAGCCACAGGACUGCCCACCAUCGAGCCCGGCCCAGUCAGGAGAGAGCGCUCAGCCAGCAUCAAACACACAACAGAAAGUGAAUCAUGGAGCAACUCUGUCAUGAUGACCAUUUCCAAGAGUCGCUCCAUGUCUGCCUCCUGUGCCCCCUCCAUCACCAACCAUCUGUACAGCAAACCACUGGGAAAAUCAGGUUUCCCCUCUUCCAACACCUCACCUCUGGGCACCCCCUGCCCCUCCCCUCCAGUCCAGGGCACUCCGGUCACCAGUCCCACCAUCAAAACGUGUUCAGUGCAGCUUCCAGAGCCUGUGGGGCCCCCCGCAGAGCGCCCGCCUGUGGCCCCCAGGAUCCAACACCGAGCCUUAACCCACAGUCAGAGCGCGCCAAGCUCCACCACCCCUCACUGGAGACCCCCAUCACUCUGCACCAGUUGUGGCAGACCGUAUAACAGAAUUACCAACGGUGUGGAGCCUGUUGACAAAGUAGACAGAAUACCUAAUCCAGAUGAGCGAAUAGUAGCAUCUUCAGACUAUGACAGCACCUAUGAUAGCACCUAUGAGACCAACCACAGUGACAGCAGCGAUUUUGCACCCAAUGAAGAAGAUGGAGAGCCCAAGAAGCAGCCCGAAGGAAAGGACAAUUGCCGGCAAUGUCCAGCAGAGGGCAUUGUACUACGUCCUCUACUGCCAUCUCCAGAGGAUAAAGUCAUCCCAGCCCAUGAGCGCCCGCUUAUGUCAGGACUAGAGCCUUUGAUGAGUCAGCUCAACAACUGGAAUUUUCCUAUUUUCAGUCUGGUUGAAAGGACUAACGGGAAGACCGGCUGCAUUCUCAGCCAGGUUUCUUAUAAGCUUUUUGAGGAGACAGGCCUGUUUGAAAUGUUUAAGAUUCCAAUUCAAGAGUUUAUGAACUAUUUCCAUGCUCUAGAAAAUGGUUACAGGGACAUUCCAUAUCACAACAGGAUUCAUGCAACAGAUGUACUGCAUGCUGUGUGGUACCUCACCACGCAGCCUGUGCCUGGCCUGCCCACCCCACUCACAGAAAAUGGCAUUCACUCAGACUCAGAGAAUGGCAUCUGCCAUGGUGCAACAGGUUUUCUGAAGUUAAAUUCAGAGCUGGAGGAGGGCUAUGGCUCCUUAGCUCGUCUGGUCCCCGGCCUGGAGCUCAUGGCUUUGUAUGUGGCAGCCGCAAUGCAUGACUAUGACCAUCCAGGAAGAACCAAUGCCUUUCUAGUAGCCACCAGUGCACCCCAGGCACUUUUGUACAAUGAUCGCUCAGUUUUAGAAAACCAUCAUGCAGCCGCCGCCUGGAACCUCUUCAUGUCUCAACCUGAAUUUAACUUUCUAGCCAAUCUUGAACACGUGGAGUUCAAACGCUUCCGCUUCCUCGUCAUUGAGGCCAUUUUGGCCACUGACCUCAAAAAGCACUUUGAUUUCCUUGCAGAAUUUAAUGCAAAGGUUGGAGAUGAAGGAGUUUCCAGUAUUGAUUGGACCAAUGAGAAUGACCGAAUGUUGGUUUGCCAGAUGUGCAUAAAGAUUGCUGAUGUCAACGGCCCUCUUAAGAAUAAGGAUUUACAUUUGCAAUGGACGGAAGGCAUUGUCAACGAAUUCUAUGAACAAGGUGAUGAAGAAGCCAGCCUGGGCCUCCCCAUCAGCCCGUUCAUGGACCGCUCAGCUCCACAGCUGGCUAAACUGCAGGAGUCCUUCAUCACUCACAUCGUGGGCCCCCUGUGCUCCUCGUACCACUCUGCUGCGCUCAUGCCCGGCCGCUGGGUGGACUCUGCUGAGGAAGAGCCAGAGGAUGCCAGUGAACACAGAGACACAGAGGAGGAGGAAGAGGAGGAUACAGCUGAAGAUGAUGUGUCCACCAUUUCUGCCACUUCACGUAUGUCUAAACCAAAAAGGAAAGCCGACGGAAAGUUUUGCCAGAUCACGCAGCAUUUGUUGGAGAACCAUGAGAUGUGGAAGCGUGUCAUCGCGGCUGAAUUCCCGGAGCAAGUCCAAGCUGAAAGUUUGAACUGCCUGGGAAACCCGAACGACGCCAUCACAGCCAUCCGCGAGGAAGAGGAGGAGCAGGCCAGUAAAGAGGAGGAAGACGAAACCCACUGCCUCCACGACAGGGAACAGGAAGUAGAAAUCCUGCAACGAUCAGAGACUUCAGGGGAAAAGGAGGAGGAGCCAGAGUGACCUUUGACCUCUCCCAACCAGGAACAUUGUCUAAAAAAAGUUUUAUUCAUUUAAACUCUUGAUAAAGGUAGCCAGCACAUCACUUUUGACACAACACUGUAGAAGAUGUUUUGGGUAAUACGUGCCUAAUAAUAACAGGGUUUGAGGACAGGGACAUUGCAUAUUUAAUUAACCUUAAAUGCGAGAGGUGCAAAAGAUGAAGCGUCAGAAAAGUAGAACUAGCUGUAAAAAAUAAUGCUUGUUAUUUUAUUUUCAUUGUGUGGAUGCGUUCCCUUGCCCACAACUAUUUUACUUACUCUUUAAUAUCCACAUGACAAAUACAGCAUCCCACCCUACCCCCACCCCCUCCUCCCAUUACAACCACCUCACCCACUGUACCUACACAAUGGGAUGAAAGCCUGGAGACUCUAGAAAAAAAUAGCCAGUCACAGUUACAAGUCGACUGAAAAUGUUUUACUGAGAAAGGGAAGCGUGACAAAGAAACAUGCAGCCCCAAGAGCUUUAUUCUCACUCAAGGAAAAACAUACAAAAGAUUGUUUGUCCUUCCUCACGUGUUUCUUUUCCUUAUUUUUUCUUAGCCAAGUUCAGCACACUUACUUGCAAUAUACAGUGCUUGAGGUCACCUAACUCAGGAAGAAAGAGAGCGAGAGAGAGUUUGUACAUGCACUUACUUGUCACUAAAGGUUUUAAUAACAAUAUGACACAAAGCUGUAUAAAAGUAAUUAUUUUAUCACUGCUAACCAAAUGCAAGCAAUGCCACAUUCACUCUUUACUUUAUGAUAUUUUGUAUAUUAUAAAUUGCUUUGUAGUUGUUUUGGUCCUUACAUGGUAUGGUAGUUUAUAGCCUGGUAUGUAGGCCAAGUUUGCAGAUAGUAAUCCAGUAAGCCAUAGUGGUUCGGGACAGAAUGGAUUUACAGCAGUAACAUAAAAAUGCAAUUAGGAAAUGCUUUGAAAAUGAACUCUUUCCAGUUGACCGUAAGUUCUCAUACUUGUCCUUUUAAUUCACUUUAAAGGUGCAUUGUGUAACUUUUCUGGUGAGGCUUUUCUUAAUGGAGAUGUUAUUGCUUUGUCUGGAAUGUUCCACAGUAUGGCAUUAAACCUUUCUUUCUCCUUCAAGUUACUGGUCAGCUCUGUGGAGAGGCAACCCCGCUCACAGUCAGAAAGCUGUUUGGACCUAGGUCUUCAGUAAAACCACUUUUAAUUUAAUAAAUGUAAGGUAGAGCUGCGUCAUACUGUGGAACAUUCCAGGCAAACUAAUGACACAUUUAUAGAAACAAGUAAGUGAUGGACCCCCAGCCAAAAAGUUCCACAGUACACCUUUAAAAAUGAGUCACAGUUCUAUUUUUAACUUGCUUUUGUUGUUUUAAACUAGACAGGGAUUUGAAUGUUGAAAGCAUUAUAAUUCUGCCCUACAAAGGCAGAAAGCAGUAACAUCAUGUUUGGUCAAAAAUGAGUUAAUGUAAUUUGGGGGGUAUUUGAGACCUCCUUUAUCAUGUGAAUAAAUAUUGUGAAAAAUAUUGAGUUCAAAUAAGGAUCAAAGGUCAAUUUUGAGCUCAAUAUUUUUCACAUAUAAAUAUUUCUUCAUUAUAACAACUAGUUGUCAAAUUCUGGGAGCCCUGCCUAUUAUACUUUUGUCUGGACAAAACAGAAACUUUGAAGUCAUUUUUCUGAGUUUUGCCUUUCUAGGGCCAAAUUGUGACAAUUAAUUUUUUUAAAGACCAGUUAUAACCAAAAUUUUAACAUGCCUGACAAUUGGCAUCUACACUCUAGAACCUGCUGCUACUAUAGGUGUCAUCAACAUUUUACAGACAAAACAAACAAACAAACAAACAAAACAAAAAAACAUUGUCCAGAAAACCUACAAAAUUGAGGCUGCUAGGAGACUAUCAAAAUGCAAAUAUACAGCUACUCACAGGCACUUUCUUAAAAAAAAAAUGGAGUUCACAUAUACUGUAGACAUUUUUAUACAAGAGGAGUUGCUUUGAAAUGAAAUUGUGAUGAUCCAUCAGACAUACAUGCUAACUUCUGCCACCCCAGUUAGUAGCCUAAUAUGUUUUCUUUUUGAUUUGCAGAAAGAUGUAUUAGCAGUUACAGCUGAAGCCGUGAAUAUGAGAAACAGAGUGUAAUGAAGCAACAUCUAAUUGGAACACUUUACCUUGACUUGUAGCCACUAAUAAAUCAGCAGGAAGUAGCAAUUCUCAUGUUCUGAUAGUUUUCUUGGUUUAGAUAUGUAAAAUGUAUGGAAGGUAAUAUGUAGCAGGCAGUGGAGCUGCAGAGAUAACUCCUACAAAGGCACUUUAGAGAUGUGAGGACUGUCAUUUGGCUUUGGAAAUACAAGGUUUUUGGUUCAGAAGCACUGAGUAUAUAUCAAGCUAGUGAACAUUUUGUUAAAAUAUUCCAAUUUGGAACAUGUUAUUUUAUUUCUUUAAAUUGUAUUGUUUGUGCAUGUGUUUAUAAGAAAAUAUUCUUGAUCACUUUAGUUUGUAAUAUCAUAACAUUUAACAUUUAA